GCGAGGACUUGGUACAUUCCGUUUGUUGCUGCUGUAGCUAGUAUGUCACCAAUUCAGUAGUAGCAUAACAGUCAGCCUAACAUUAGCUUGAACGAGGUCUGUCGAGAAGAGUUACAAAUAAACAAACAAUAGAAAGAGACUAACAAGCAGUCACAUAGGCAGUGGAAAAGCCCGGACGAGAGAGAAAAACAAGGAAUUACGCUGCUGUUUUCUCCGCGCCCAGUUGCCUUCCUUUGUUUGGCGUCCCUGAUAUGACCCUGUUUAAGAGUGAACACCGCAGUCCAAGAUAUAUGAGCAUGAGUGGGGAGCUGAAGCCCGUUCGUCCCAGGACCGCGGGCAAGCGAGCCAGCAGCACUUCCUAUGGCAGGACGGACUUCGACGUGGAGUAUGACAGCUACCAGGAGGACUACUAUGACAGGGUGUACGACUACCAGCGCGUGCCCGCCCCCCUGCACCCGCUCCCCCAUGGACCCAGCCAGGCCAAGAGACCCCGCUCGUCCUCCCACUCCUCCGGCCACAGACGCAGCCGGGACAGAACUCACUCCAAGCUCUCCAGAGCCAAGUCCACUAGUUCAACCCCGGCCAAGCUGAGGAUGGAGGAGCUGCAGGUGAUUAAGCGGGAGCUGACUCUGAUUAAGACACAAAUUGAUGGGCUGCUCGACAGCCUGGAUAAGAUGGACACCCAGAAAAACAACCACAAAGGGUCUCCAUUGAGGGAGGACAGUCCGGCCGGCUCCCCGUACCCUCCCUCCGCCAGCAGCCCAGAGCAGUCCCUCCCCCCUCUGUCUCCCCCUAGCUCCCGCCAUAGAGUCCAGAGAGAGAGCCCCGAGCUGGGGGAGGCCACCGACGACGAGCACCACUCGAUAAGCAAUCACAGCUCUGACCUUGAGGAGGACAUGUGAGACUGGAGCGAAAGACAAGUGUGCCAAACACACCGGAAGCAAGAACCGCCAUCCUGCCAUCC